AUGCCCGACUUUUCGAAGGACAGUCCGGCCUACGGGAACGUGUCGCGCGCCGGCGACGGUUGUGGCGUGGUGGUAAAAAAGAAAAAGGUGUGCGGCGUGUCAAAAGCGCGGUGUUUCGAGUACCGCGACAAGCUGCCCACCAAGCACUACCUCAAAAAGAAGAAGUCCGGCGGCGUCGCCGACAUCAAGUCGCGCGGCGUCAAGGACGAUGGCGCCCUCGUGAAGCUCGGAGACGUCGAACUCGCAGGAAAGGUGCCGAUCCGGGACCUACUGGGCAAGGUUGGGGAGGGGACGAAGAAGAUCACAGAGGCUGUGACCGACAUGCUCGGAGACUCGCUCUGCGGCCUGAUCGACAACAUCCUCAAGAAGGUCUUUUCCGGCGAGUCGUCGCUCGACAAGGUCAAGAAGCUCGUCACCUCGCUGGUGAGCUGCGGCGGCCUCUGGAACGCGCUCGAGGCCUUCUUCAGCCGCAUCGCCUGCGCGGUGGGCACCACCCUCAAGACGGUCAUCGUCGCCGUCAAGUGCCUCAUCGAGGAUGGCAAGUGCCCCAAGAAUGUCCUAGCGGCAGCAGUGUCCUAG